GGUCUGCCCCUGUGGUGGCGGGGUGGGCGGACCUGGUGGCAGGAAGCUGGAUGGGAGCUGGGCGUGCUCUCGCAGCUGAUGAGCUGGCGAUGGGGUCCCGGGGCUGGGCGCCCAUGCUCCUGGUGCAGCUGUGCGCCCUGCAGGGAGCCACAAGCCUGACCGUGCAGCAGUCGCCCGUGGACUUGAGGGUGAUGCAGGGCGGUCAGGCCAACCUGACCUGCCGGCUGACCCAGACGCAGGCCUGGGAGCGGCUCCGAGUGGAGUGGACCAAGGACGGUGCCCUCUUCUGUCAAGCGCUGUUCACCAGUGGCACCCACAGCCCCGGCAGGUGUGGUCCCCGGGGACAACUGUCCUGGCUGGCGCGUGGGGAGGUGAGGCUGCAGCUGGACUGGCUGGCCCUCAACGACAGUGGGGCCUACGUGUGCCGGGCGACCGUGGAGAUUCCCGAGCUGGAGAAGGGGGAGGGGAACCGGACGCAGCUCCUGGUUUACACAGACGCCUCGCAACAGGACCCAAGCCGGACCCCCCGGGUCUCAGGACUCCUUUGGGUGCUGCUGGUGGCCGGAGGCGUGGCCGUGGCCGUGGCCGCCGUCAGCGCGCUGGGCGCGGUGCUCUGGGGCCGCCGCUGCAGGCGGCGAAAGGACGCAGGAAAUCCAUUCUAUGGCAAUGUCUUGUACCGGCCCCGGGAGAUCCCAAAGAGAAGCAGAGCAUGGCCUGGACAGGGGAAGGCGCUGGACAUCCCCAGGGAGGACCAGAAGGCCCAGAGGGUCUACGCCACCUCUUUCCCCCAGCCCUCCACCCGCCCACCACAGCCAGCACCCAAACCUGGCCCCAGCUCCAGGCCGACACACCCCGUCUUUACAGUCAGGGUGUCUCCUGACCCAGGCAACUCGAGGUAGCCCAGGCCAAGAGGGUUCCCCAAAGCCAGAAAAGGAACCAGAGACCCCUGAAGCCCCCAACCCAGCCCGGGCCAUUGGUUAUACCCAGAGCUGCCCUUGGGAAAAAGCGGGCAUGCGACACUGCCCCCUCGCGGCGGAGGUA